AUGGAGCCCUCCCGACUCGCGCCCAUCCAGCCCUACCGCGUAGUGGUCCACAACUACCCAUCGCACGACCCCGAGUCCAACCGCUUCGCCCAAGCCUACGAGUAUGAGACCAACCGCCACAAGAGAACCGCGCUUAUCUUUGUGGGUGGUCUUGGUGACGGCCCUCAUGGUAUCCCAUACGUCAAAUUUCUAGCUGAUUCUGCUAUCGCUGGUGAAUCUGACUAUGCGGUCUACGAACCCCGACUCAGCAGCGCCUUCUCGGCCUGGGGAUACGGCAGCCUCUCCAACGACGUCAAGGAAAUCAGUGCUUUGGUCAAGUAUUUGCGCCACAGAAAGACGUUCAGGGUAGACAGGAUUGUGUUGAUGGGCCACUCCACGGGCUGUCAAGAUGCCAUGUACUACGCCACACACGGCGCCGAGAUGGGGCUCGAGAAGAUUGAUGCGUUCAUCUUGCAGGGGCCAGUAUCGGAUCGCGAGGCGAUUCUGGCAGUCUUUGAGGAGGCAUCACCUGGGAAGGGACAAGCCAGGAUGGACUUGAGCGUCAGGGUUGCACAGAAGAUGAUGAGCGAAGGCACGGCGCACGAUUGCAUGCCGAGAGAGUGGUUGCCAAAGGAGUUUUGGACCUCGCCGGUUUCUGCUUAUAGGUGGAAUUCGUUGGCGAGCUUUGGCGGUGACGAUGACUACUUCUCAUCGGACUUACCAGACGAAAAGCUGGCCGAGAUUUGGGGCAAGGUUUCGAAGCCGGUUCUUGUUCUGCCGUCCGAGAACGACGAGCACGUUCCAGACUGGAUUGACGUUGUCGACAUGCUGGAUAAGUGGAAGAGCUUCUGUAAGGAGGAUGUAAUCUCAAGCCUAUCGGGUCUCAUCCCCGAGGCAGAUCACCGAGUGGAAUACGGCCCGGCUGGGGAGCCGGCGGACCGGGCGCAAGGCUGGCUUUGUGACCGAGUGCAUGCCUUUUUCAAGCAGCUGGAGCGGCAAUGGCUGGAUGAAGAUGUCAAGGCUGACACCAAGUACCAGUAG